GUCAGAUAUCGUGUAAGGCCUUUGCUUUCUUUCUGUACGAAUAUAUAGAGAGAGAGAGAGAGAGAGAGAGAGAGAGAGAUAUGAGGCAGGAGGAGGAGGUGAACGUCUUGUGGGCUGCCGCCGGGGAGCUUGACCGGAAUCAUGAUGCUCCUCCCGCGGACAUAUGCGGCGGCUCUGACUCGGACAAGGCGGCAACGGCGGACUCGAGCUUGAGAUUGUCAUCUCUCCUGGCCACCAAAGAUCGAGAUUAUCUUCUAUCUCCUUCCGGGGCUCAGGUUAAAGUUUCCGACCUUGAAGGCCACGUAGUUGGCCUCUAUUUCUCUGCAAACUGGUACCAGCCAUGCCGAAACUUCACGGAGGCCCUGUUGAGCGCCUAUGAGCAGCUUAGAGCUGGUGGAUCCAACUUUGAGGUCGUGUUUGUGUCUGCUGAUGAGGACCUGGAUGCAUUCAACCACUAUCGAUCCAGCAUGCCAUGGCUGUCAAUUCCGUAUUCCGACUUGGAGUCCAAGAAAGCCCUGAACCGGAAAUUCGACGUUGAGGGCAUACCGUGCCUCAUAAUCCUACAGCUGGGUGAUGAUAAGGAUAUGCAGACAUUGCACGAUGGUGUCGAACUGAUAUACCGGUACGGGGCCCGGGCGUUCCCGUUUACUGCAGAGAGGUUGGAAGAGCUACAGAAGGAAGAGCAGGAGAAGCACGACACGCAAAGCCUGAUGAGUUUACUUACUAACCAUGACAGAGAUUAUCUUCUUGCUCAUCCGAAGCCCAGACAGGUACCCGUGGCUUCUUUGACAGGUAAAACGGUUGGGCUCUUCUUCUCGGCUCAAUGGUGCCUUCCAGGAGCCAAGUUCACUCCAAAGUUGAUCUCAAUGUACCACAAGAUAAAGCAAAUGCUUGAGGAACAGGGUCGGGAUGGGGAUUUUGAGAUCGUAUACAUAUCAAGCGACCGUGAUGAGUCCUCUUUCCAGUCCGACUUUGACCCCAUGCCCUGGCUGGCAUUGCCCUUCGGAGACCAGAAUGCAAAAGCCCUGGCGAAACACUUCGAUGUUUGGGGCAUACCGUGGCUGGUAAUCCUGGGCCCCGACGGUAAGACUGUAACAACACACGGGAGGAGCCUGAUAAACCUGUACAGGGAGAAGGCCUACCCGUUCACUGAUGCUAAGCUGGAGCAACUGCAGAAGGAAAUGGAUGAGGAGGCAAAGAAUCUCCCAAGAUUGGAUUUUCAUGCCGGGCACAGGCACGAGCUCACACUAGUGUCCAGCGGGUCGGGGGGCGGGCCGUUCAUAUGUUGUGACUGCGAGGAGCAGGGGUCGGGCUGGGCCUACCAGUGCCUUGAGUGCGGUUAUGAAGUGCACACCAAGUGCAUGAGAUCGGUGGGCACCGGCACCUUAAACAUCGAGCGGCGAUUUGAAUGUGUAAUCGUACCAGCGUCACUCGGUGGUGACUAAACUUUAGUCCUAAUCGAAUCUUUUUGUUUGUUAACAGGCAUGGGGACGGGCCUGUGCUCGUCCCAUAACCGUGUUAACUACUAAGCUUAAGGCUGCUGAAAGAAAUUGGAUUUCAAUAAGAGACCAAAGCGUUUAAAAUA